AGUAAAGAGUUGCUCGCCACACUUGUACAUGUUUUAUUACUACAACCAUAAUCUCGAAAAUAGAGUAGUCCCAUAUUGGAAACGUCUUGUAUCCAGCAUACUUCAAUCCAUCAAUUGCUCACCUGAAACCAACGUAACAACCUUCCUCACCCUCUCUCAUCUCCCACCAGUUCUAACCACCCACCCCCACAGACAAUGUCGUCCACCCUCCUCCCCCACCUAACCCGCUUCACGGAGUUUAUAAACAGUGGCGACGUAACAAUUGGCAAAGAAGUCAUCUCCCCCACCGCUACCUUCCACGUACCCUUUGGCGGGCCCCCUCUUCAAGGCCUGGAAGGCUACCUCCAAAUCCUCGGCAUGAUGCGCAGCGCCUUCCCCGACAUCCAAUGGACGAUCAAAGAAACCAUUGCCGAAGGCGACAAGAUCGUAGCUCGGUUUGAAACGCGCGGUACACACAAUGGACCUUUUAUGGGUGUCGCUCCAACAGGAAAGAGCAUCUGCAUGACGGCGCUGAACAUUUACCGGUUUGAAGAUGGCAAGAUCGUGGAGGAGUUGGGGCAACCGGAUAUUUUUGGGUUGAUGGUGCAGAUUGGGGCUAUUCCUGUGCCAGGACCUUGAAGGUGUGAAAUAGAGUAAAGAAAAAAAGUCAUCAAGUACACCAGAUAUGCUCUUGUGAAGAGGAGAA